AAGCUGUUGGGGCUCCACCAUCUGCUUCAGCGUCGCGCCAGGGAACCUGCAUCAGGCCGUCUGUCUCUUUCAUUCCCACCCAUCCAUCCCUCUUGUUUUUGGCCCGUUGAUCGUUGCUUGAGUUUUUCGUCCCCCCCUCUGUCUGAUGUCUUUUGUUUAGGUAGUCGACUUCGGGUCUGAACACGACCUCCAUCCGUUGCCCCUUCCACCGACUUCAUCGCCAUCGCUUGCUGCUAUUUCAAACAGCAGCUCGCUUGCACGAAUCUUCCGAGUCGGUCACAGGCGCAGCACGCUCCAUCCUCGGUUUGCCCGACGCCAUCUGUCCCGAUCACACGUCUGACCACGAAUCGACCGCAAAAAUAACAAGAUCCCGUCGAAGUUGUCAAGCCAAGAUGUCAGGCUACAACUACGGCCCGCCGCCGCCGCCGCCGCCUCCAGCAACUCAGGCUAAUCAUCCUGGGUAUGGACACCACAAUCCCCCUUACCAACAACAUUCCCGAGGCAGUGGUGCGCAUGCUGCUCGUGGUGGGCGUGGCGGCUACCCGUCGAACACCCGUCCCGAAUAUCCUCCUGCUCCUCAGCCCCAGUACGAGUAUGGUCGACCGCAACAACCCCAAUAUCCUCAGCAUAGUCCUGGCUAUCCCGCCCAGCAGCCCGCCGCCAGCAGCUAUCCCCCUCAGCACCAAUGGCAUCAGGAUCACGCACAUGUAACACCUCAGCAUGCUGCUCCUCAGCAUGGCACCCAUGCUCCUGCGCCGCUGUCGACUACCAACUACCAUCCGAACUACGCCCCCCAGGUUUACGCGCACCCGCAGCACCCGCCACACCCGCAGCAUCCUCAGCACCCACAGCCGCCUCCCCACCAACCAAGUUAUGGACCGCAGCAGCCACAGCAGCAAGUCUACGGCCAGCCUUAUGCCGCACCCCCACCAUACAGCGCUCCCCAACCGUGGGUCGGUCACGACCCUCACGCUCAAAGUCAGUACGGGACGACUCGCGGGCGAGGCGGCUAUGGGAAUGACCGAGGCGGCCCUCGAGGUGCCCAAAAUGUGGGCGCACCUGCGCCAGUAGCUUACGGUAGUGAUGGGAUACAUCAUGCGAACGGCGCAUACGGCCAGCCAUACGGAGAUCCUCGCGCACAAGCCGUGCCGUACCAGCCUCCAGCACAAUUUCCCUACCACGCACCUCCUGCUGCACCUCGCGCGUCGGUUCCUCCACAAGAAGCAUUCUACAAACAUGACGGGCAGCGUGGUCGCGGUGGUCACCGCGGUGGCAACCCCCGAGGUCGAGGCUCGUUCCAUGCCAAUGAUAAGGGUCGUCAUCGUCCACAGGGCAAUCACAACCACCGCCAAGAUGGAGGUGCUUCCCACCACAAGCAUGAUAAUGCGGCUUCGGGCAAGAAAAAAAAGCGCAAGACCAAUACACUAGGUCUCACACCGGGCCAAGACUCGGAGUCGGAAGACGACGAGAUGGAAGAAGAGACGCUUCGCAAGCUCAUUGGAGCAGAUGCCUUACAGGUGAACGAUGUCGACGCUUACAUUGCUGAGCGAAAGAAACGCUUCCCUACUGCUGCGCGAGUCAAGGCUAAGAAGUCUGCCGAGACCACGCAAGGAAGCGGCAACAAAAUCUCGGCUGAUCUGGAAAAGGAAGAAAACCUUGCCAGCAAGCUGCGAAGGCAGCUGGAGAAAGUUGAAUCGUCUAUCAAGCGCAAGCGUGAACAGCAAGACGAGGGUGACGAAAUGAGAGAUAGCCCUUCCCUUGACAUUAAGUCUGAGGAUGAGGAGCCGGAAGUGGCGUCAAGUCGCGUUCAGCCAGCCCCCCCUCCACCCCCACCAGCGAAGAAGGCAGAUAUUUCAAAGCAUUGCAAGUACUACUCUACGGGAGGUACCUGUGGCAAGAAGGGCAAGUGCCGCUUCGUCCACGAUCCCGCUGUCAGAGAGGCAGCAAUGAAGGACCGAGAAGCAAACAACGGCCAUCUCACAAUCCAGCAGCGUUUAAUUCUGAACGACAAGGACCAGGAAGACCUUACUGUUCUACAGUCGAUUCAGUACUUGAGAGAGAAAGGUCUGAUGAAACCUGAAGACAAACCUGAAGGUUCAAAUGGACACCAAGCACCUGGAGGCUCCCAAGAUCCCCAGUCUCAAUCGCGACAGAAAUCCAGCAAUCUCCCUGCCGCACAUGCCUCUCUUCCGGCACCACCCGUGAAGCAUCACAACGGGCUUCCCCCACACAAACCGCCUCCCUCUGUCUUGUCGGCGGCCAACGGCGGAUCCACAGUCCGAUACAAAGGCUGGAAUCUGAGCGGAUACGGUAACUCAGGUCUCAAGUCGGAAGAUCUCCCAUAGGAUGCUGGUAUCGCCCCGACGGAGGCCUUCGAGCCCCAACGAACGCUCAAGUUCUAUACACCCAGGCCCUGUGCGCCAAGGUUCCGUGUGUCGUCCGUCUGAGUAUGGCGGUUUCGGGCAUUGCAAAGGGUCUCUCGCUUCGGCAGAGAAGUCAUCCUGAUGCAGAAGUUCCUACUAGCAGCAAUGUUUGUAUUUUGUACUUGAUUAUGUUCCAACUUUGCAAAAGCCAAGAAGGGGGAGGUAGUCGAUAAGGCGGCAGUAGUUCUUCUGGCCGGCCGGUUUUCUUCAUUCUUAUCACGCUCGAAUCAUUUGGGCGGCCAACCAAGUCCUGAAUUUUCUCAUUCCAGUCGAAAGCCCCCUAGGCUUCAUCUGCAAAGUUGCGAUCUCAGAUCGCUUGUAACAACACCAAUGCAAAGGUCGAGAGCCCGGUGAAGCGGCGACUAUGAGUGGCUUCUUUCAGCAGCCUUCCAAACCGUCUACUCGCCGGGCUUCUCGGUCGAGGAGGAAAGGGGCUUAGUAGCUCCUUAUAAAUGGACCUACAACGUAGUGGAGCGUUUCGAAACCGUCGAAGGAGUUUGGGGUGGACUGCAGCCUGGCACGGCUGGAAUCGAUACCCUCGAGGAGGGAUUGGCACUAGGGCUCGUAGAACGAAAUGCGAAUUGUCCUACUUCUCUUUGUGGUUUGGACAGCAAAAAAGCCAGGUAUGCUGCGACAAGGCAACCUGGGUUAGUGGGAGCUGGCUGAGUAGACUGAUUAUGUGAUCGUCGUUCUUCGAUGCUGCACAUCUUGGAGUGUCGCCAAGUCCCGACCUUGUCAAAGGAAUCAACGAGUCUUUCGCGAGGCUGGGAAAAUUGCUACAGUGACCGGAGAAGUGAUGCGGACGGGACAAUAUUAUGCUGCUGUUUGGAUAGCCUCCGAUAUACUAUUGCGCCGUUGUCCGCAUAUAUGCCUGUUCUCCGGGUAACGAACUGUCCAUAAGGAAAUCAAUCAGGGGAACCGAGCCAUGCGAAAGGUGGUCUCUCCCCUGCUAGUAAUGACUAAACAAAACACAAAAAUGAACGCCGUCGCUAAUGUUAAUGCUACUGCGCCUAUGCCGGUGGAAAUGCCUCUAACCGCCCAUUCUGGUGUACCAGUUGUCACUCUCGGCUAGGAGACUGCCUCAGCGUCGAGCUCUUUGUUGCUCAUAGAAUCUGCGCUUGCGCUCCUCCUUCUCGGCCUUUAACCUCUUUUCGAGCUUCUCUUGCUCGAUAUCCUCGAGUCGCGCCACGCGCUCCGCCUUAGCCUCCUCUUCCCACACGUCAUCCAUACCGGCCUCCAUGUCUGAAGAACCCUCCGAGUCGUACGUGUAGCGAGGGCCAGCGUCAUCCUCGUCAUCGUAUUCGAUAAAGUCGUCGAGUUCCUCGUCCUCCUCCUCUUCGUCAUAGCGCGAGCGCUUCGCAGAGCCGCCGUAGCGUGGGGCUGGGCGGGCAUUAAGGAGCGCACCUCCCGGGGCAGGCUUUUUCUUGGCUGACGCCGCGCCGGGUUUUGGACGGGCGGUGCCAGUGUAACCUGUCGUCGCAACGGCGGCCUUCUUGAGCUUCUUCUGGUUCUCCUCCUCUGCUGCAGCAGCGCGUGCCCUCGCUGCAGCCCGGGGGUCCUUUGCUCUGUCGACAGCCCCGUUGCGGUUGACGCUUGCUCCGUUUGCGCCGGCUCCGUUGCGUGAUGGGGCCGCGGAUGAUGAUCUCGCGGUCCCCUGGAACUUAGAUGACUGCCUUGCUGCAGCCUUUGGGUCUUUUUUGGGGUCCCUCUUCAUCUCUUCCCGCUCCUUCUUGGUAAAGACCUUCUCCACAGGCUUGUGCUGAAUCUUGCCAACCUGGCCCAUCUUGGUUUGGGCCUGCUGGGCUCGCGCCAUUAUUUCAGCGAAGGAUCCCUUCUUCGGCGGUGCUCCUGGUUUGGGUGUAGCGGCGGGGGUGGAUGGCGAUGGCCGACUCGGCAGAGUCGAGGUUACCCUCGAUGUGUUCUGCCCAUUUAAGGGUCGGGCGCCAGAAGAGCUGGACUUUGCAGCGUUGCUGCCAUUACCGAUGCUCCUUGGCGCAGAUGCCGAUCGAUCGGAAGGUCGACCGGCGCUGCCUCUAUAACCGGUAGUAGUCGUUGUUGGCUUCUCUGCAGACCGUCCGAGUCUCUGGGCAUCUGCCGGCUUCGACGGGGCAGAAGAGCCGACGCCAUUUGCGCUGGUUCGCGGUGUCUUAUUCGAAAAGGUGCUGCGCAGGUCGUCAUCUGCUUUUCGCUUCGGAAGGGGAAUAGGCGGCCUCGUUGGAGCGGGCGAUGUGCUCUGUGACUUGUCGCCACUGAUCUGGGCGAGGAGGUCUCCGAUCUGCAUGACGACGGACUAUAAAUGCCAGGUAUUGUCAAGCAAGUGUCUAUGUUGCUUGCAGCGGCCGUCAGGAUGCAUCAGGCAAGCGCUUGAGUCAUCAGUAAUGGCAAACACAGCAACUCGUGUUUCUGCGAUUCAGCGGCCCCUCUAUGAAAGGUACUGAACACGCGGUCAAAAAAUCCUCGAGAGCGUGAGCGAGACUUAGAGUCGAGAAAAAAGAGAGGAAAUUCGUGGAAAAUGUGAUGGCAGUCGCGAAGCACACGUGACAGACAACCGGCAAUCGUAAAAAUCGAAAGUUUGGUGUCGGGGGACAAACACAAGUGGCGUUGCAGUCGGCAAGUUUAUAUCUGUUGGACUGGGGGCCUUCCAGCGCCGUCCACCAAGGCGCUUCCAUCCUGUUAGCCACUUCGGAAGUCCAAGUGCCUCCGGUUCCGAAGAUAGACCUCUUGACACGGAAAAGGCAAGACAGCACAGGCAUGUGGCUGGUGCGAGCAUUGGAACCGGA